AGGCUGAUAGAUGAGGGUUUUUUCAGAACAUCACUGUAACCAGAUGCCAGGGUGCAGCUUGCUUACCGCAUCGUGCUGCAGUUGUGUGUUUCAGGGACAGACACAAGGGGAAGUAGCAGCCAGCGCAUACCGGGCUGGAAGACUUUCUGCACCAAGAGGAUUCUUCCUCCUCCUCCUCCUCCAGCCCUGGUGGAGGCUGAGUGGCCGCCCAGGUUGAGGCAGAGGCAGGGGCAGGGAGCAGUGGGCCCAGCUCAUCCCUCGGCUUUGAAGCCACCGUUAGGACCAAGAGGCUGCCCGUAUCGCGUCAGGCAGGCUGGCCAAGAAUCCCUUCCUCCCCUGAGAGAGCAGAACCCGGUUCAGGUGGGGACUUCCUCGGUACUGUACCUGGCUCUAGCAGAGCAUGUGGGCGGCCGGCAGGAGGCAUUUCUGGUUAUGGAAGCCCAGAAAUGAAAGCAACGGCUGCCGCCGCCUCUGAGGGCUGCAAGGAGAUCAGCACCCAGCAAAUAAGAAGCAAGACCUGGCCCCAGAGGAGGAGGAGCAGCUGAGCAUCUCUCUCCCGCUCCUCACAGUCCUUUAAAUGAGGACUCCCUGUCAGAGACGGAGGUGGAUCUGCAGAGCUGCCGUCUCAGCUCCUGACCCGGUGCUUACAUCACUAACCUGUGACAGGCACAUCUCCACACCGGGUACCUGCUCCUCCAGCAGCUCCCAGUCCUAGGAGCCUCUUUGUAUGCCGCAGACAUGGCCAGCCAACAGGAUUCGGGCUUCUUUGAGAUCAGUAUCAAAUAUUUACUGAAAUCCUGGAGUAAUACUUCUCCAGUUGGCAACGGUUACAUCAAGCCUCCAAUUCCACCUGCCUCAGGCACACACAAGGAGAAAGGGCCGCCAACCAUGUUACCUAUCAAUGUGGACCCAGACAGCAAACCAGGAGAAUAUGUCCUCAAGAGUUUAUUUGUCAAUUUCACCACCCAGGCUGAGCGUAAGAUUCGCAUCAUUAUGGCAGAGCCCCUGGAGAAGCCAUUGACAAAAUCUCUACAGCGAGGAGAAGACCCCCAGUUUGAUCAAGUCAUCAGCUCCAUGAGCUCCCUCUCUGAAUACUGCCUGCCUUCCAUUCUUCGCACGUUAUUUGACUGGUACAAAAGGCAAAAUGGCAUUGAGGAUGAAUCACAUGAAUAUAGGCCAAGAACAAGCAAUAAAUCGAAAAGUGAUGAACAGCAGCGAGAUUAUUUAAUGGAAAGACGGGACCUCGCCAUUGAUUUUAUUUUUUCUUUAGUAUUAAUAGAAGUUUUGAAACAGAUUCCACUUCAUCCUGUAAUAGAUGGUUUAAUACAUGAUGUUAUUAACUUGGCGUUCAAGCACUUUAAAUACAAAGAAGGGUACCUUGGCCCUAACACUGGCAAUAUGCACAUUGUGGCCGACCUGUAUGCAGAAGUCAUUGGAGUGUUGGCACAAGCUAAAUUCCCUGCUGUCAAGAAAAAAUUUAUGGCAGAGCUAAAAGAAUUACGGCACAAAGAGCAGAGCCCAUAUGUGGUACAAAGCAUUAUCAGCUUGAUAAUGGGGAUGAAAUUCUUUCGAAUUAAGAUGUAUCCAGUGGAGGACUUUGAGGCCUCUCUUCAGUUCAUGCAGGAAUGUGCACAUUAUUUCCUUGAGGUCAAAGACAAAGAUAUCAAACAUGCCUUGGCUGGACUUUUUGUGGAAAUCCUGGUUCCAGUUGCUGCUACUGUUAAAAAUGAAGUAAAUGUUCCCUGCCUCCGAAACUUUGUGGAAAGCCUAUAUGAUACCACGCUGGAACUUUCUUCUCGAAAGAAGCAUUCCUUGGCUUUGUACCCCCUGGUGACCUGUCUGCUUUGUGUCAGUCAGAAGCAGCUGUUCCUGAACAGAUGGCAUGUGUUCCUCAACAACUGCUUGUCUAACCUGAAGAAUAAAGAUCCCAAGAUGGCUCGAGUUGCCCUGGAAUCUCUUUACAGAUUACUUUGGGUUUACAUGAUUAGAAUUAAAUGUGAAAGCAACACAGCUACUCAGAGCCGACUUAUAACCAUCAUCACAACACUUUUCCCCAAAGGGUCCCGAGGUGUGGUGCCAAGGGAUAUGCCUCUGAACAUCUUUGUGAAAAUCAUCCAGUUCAUUGCCCAGGAACGUUUAGAUUUUGCAAUGAAAGAAAUCAUUUUUGAUUUUCUUUGUGUAGGAAAACCAGCCAAAGCUUUCAGUCUCAAUCCCGAGAGAAUGAACAUUGGUUUGAGGGCAUUCUUGGUCAUAGCUGAUAGCUUGCAACAGAAAGAUGGUGAACCUCCCAUGCCAGUUACAGGAGCUGUACUCCCUUCUGGAAACACAUUGAGAGUAAAGAAAACAUAUUUGAGUAAAACGCUAACUGAAGAGGAAGCCAAAAUGAUAGGCAUGUCUUUAUAUUACUCUCAAGUAAGAAAAGCUGUAGACAACAUUUUAAGACACCUUGAUAAAGAAGUAGGACGAUGUAUGAUGCUAACUAAUGUCCAGAUGUUAAACAAAGAACCUGAAGACAUGAUCACGGGUGAGAGAAAGCCAAAAAUAGAUCUUUUCAGGACCUGUGUUGCUGCUAUUCCUCGACUGCUUCCUGAUGGGAUGUCAAAACUUGAACUUAUUGAUUUGCUGGCCAGGCUCUCUAUUCACAUGGAUGAUGAAUUGCGACACAUUGCACAGAAUUCUCUUCAGGGUUUGCUCGUUGAUUUCUCAGACUGGAGAGAAGAUGUUCUAUUCGGAUUUACCAACUUCCUGCUGCGGGAAGUAAAUGACAUGCAUCACACACUCCUCGAUUCAUCCCUGAAGUUGCUGCUGCAGCUGCUCACACAGUGGAAGCUGCUUAUACAAACUCAAGGCAGAGUCUAUGAGCAAGGCAACAAAAUUAGAAAUUCAGAGCUAAUUCCAAAUGGUUCCAGCCACAGAGCUCAGUCAGAACGUGGCCCUCACUGCAGUGUCCUCCAUGCUGUUGAAGGAUUUGCAUUGGUUUUACUCUGCAGCUUCCAAGUGGCCACACGCAAACUGUCUGUGUUAAUACUCAAGGAAAUUCGAGCUCUGUUUGUUGCCCUGGGUCAGCCCGAGGACGAUGACAGGCCAAUGAUUGAUGUCAUGGAUCAGCUCAGUUCUUCCAUUCUUGAAAGUUUUAUUCAUGUAGCCGUUUCGGAUUCGGCAACAUUAUCACUGACCCACAAUGUGGAUCUGCAGUGGCUGGUGGAAUGGAAUGCUGUCCUGGUCAAUAGCCAUUAUGACGUGAAGAGCCCUUCCCACGUCUGGAUAUUUGCACAGUCUGUCAAAGACCCCUGGGUCCUCUGCCUCUUCAGCUUCCUUCGGCAGGAGAACCUACCCAAGCACUGCCCCACAGCCCUCAGCUAUGCUUGGCCUUAUGCAUUCACUCGGCUCCAGUCUGUGAUGCCGUUGGUUGACCCCAACAGCCCAAUUAAUGCCAAGAAAACCAGCACAGCAGGCAGCGGAGACAACUAUGUUACUUUGUGGAGAAAUUACCUUAUUCUCUGUUUUGGAGUUGCAAAACCCAGUAUUAUGAGCCCAGGACACUUAAGAGCUUCCACUCCUGAAAUAAUGGCGACCACACCUGAUGGUACAGUGAGCUACGAUAACAAGGCCAUAGGCACCCCAUCGGUGGGAGUUCUGUUAAAGCAGUUGGUGCCUUUGAUGAGACUAGAGAGCAUUGAGAUCACAGAGUCCUUAGUUUUAGGAUUUGGAAGAACAAAUUCUCUUGUUUUCAGAGAAUUGGUGGAAGAACUUCAUCCAUUAAUGAAAGAGGCACUAGAAAGAAGACCAGAGAACAAGAAACGCAGAGAAAGGCGAGACUUGUUAAGGCUACAACUGCUUCGAAUUUUUGAACUUCUGGCUGAUGCUGGUGUCAUAAGUGACAGCACAAAUGGAGCCUUAGAAAGAGAUACUUUAGCCCUUGGAGCUUUGUUCUUAGAAUAUGUGGACUUGACCCGAAUGCUCCUAGAAGCUGAAAAUGACAAAGAAGUUGAAAUCCUUAAAGAUAUCCGGGCACAUUUUAGUGCCAUGGUGGCCAACUUGAUCCAGUGUGUUCCAGUUCACCACAGAAGAUUUCUCUUCCCCCAGCAAAGCCUGAGGCACCAUCUCUUCAUCCUGUUUAGCCAGUGGGCAGGCCCCUUCAGCAUUAUGUUUACUCCUCUGGACCGGUACAGUGACAGGAAUCAUCAGAUUACAAGAUACCAGUAUUGUGCUUUAAAGGCAAUGUCAGCAGUAUUGUGUUGCGGCCCUGUUUUUGACAAUGUGGGUCUUUCCCCUGAUGGCUACCUAUAUAAGUGGCUCGACAACAUUCUGGCUUGUCAAGAUUUACGAGUUCAUCAACUCGGCUGUGAAGUUGUUGUCUUGCUGUUGGAACUUAAUCCUGACCAAAUAAACCUUUUCAAUUGGGCCAUUGACCGUUGCUACACAGGUUCCUACCAACUUGCAUCUGGCUGCUUCAAAGCCAUAGCAACUGUAUGUGGAAGCAGGAACUAUCCCUUCGACAUAGUGACAUUGUUAAACCUUGUUCUGUUCAAGGCCUCUGACACCAACAGAGAAAUUUAUGAAAUCUCCAUGCAGCUCAUGCAGAUCCUGGAAACAAAGCUUUUUGUAUACUCAAAGAAAGUCUCUGAACAAAGACCUGGCAGUAUUCUCUAUGGGACACAUGGCCCAUUGCCACCCCUCUACAGUAUGUCACUAGGUCUUUUGUCAAGUGAACUGGCCAGGAUGUACCCUGAGCUCACUCUCCCACUCUUCUCAGAGGUCAGCCAGCGAUUCCCCACAACACACCCAAAUGGGCGUCAGAUCAUGCUCACCUACCUGCUGCCUUGGCUGCACAACAUCGAGCUGGUGGACAGCAGGCUCCUCCUCCCAGGGUCAAGCCCCAGCACCCCAGAGGACGAAGUCAAGGAUCGGGAAGGAGAAGUGACCGCCUCUCAUGGACUGAAAGGGAAUGGCUGGGGCUCUCCAGAAGCUACAUCGUUGGUCCUGAAUAACCUCAUGUACAUGACAGCCAAGUAUGGAGAUGAGGUUCCUGGACCAGAAAUGGAAAAUGCUUGGAAUGCAUUAGCCAACAAUGAAAAAUGGAGCAACAACCUAAGAAUCACCUUGCAGUUCCUGAUCAGUCUGUGCGGGGUCAGCAGUGACACCAUACUCUUGCCCUAUAUUAAAAAGGUGGCAGUAUAUUUAUGCCGUAAUAACACCAUUCAAACCAUGGAAGAGCUUCUCUUUGAGCUGCAGCAGACCGAGCCAGUGAACCCCAUAGUCCAGCACUGUGACAACCCACCUUUCUACCGCUUCACAGCCAGCAGCAAGGCCUCUGCAGCAGCUUCCGGAACCACCUCCAGCAGCAAUACAGUGGUUGCUGGCCAGGAUAGUUUCCCAGAUGCCGAGGAGAACAAGAUACUGAAAGAAUCUGAUGAAAGGUUGGUGCGCAAAAGGUUCAGUAAUGUUAUCAGAGCCCAUACCCGCCUAGAAUCAAGAUACAGCAAUAGCUCUGGAGGAUCAUAUGAUGAGGAUAAAAAUGACCCAAUCUCUCCCUACACGGGCUGGUUGUUGACUAUUACAGAGACCAAACAGCCACAGCCCUUGCCAAUGCCCUGUACUGGAGGAUGCUGGGCACCCCUGGUUGACUAUCUGCCAGAGACCAUCACACCUCGGGGUCCUCUCCACAGGUGCAAUAUUGCUGUGAUCUUUAUGACGGAGAUGGUGGUGGAUCACAGUGUAAGAGAAGACUGGGCUCUGCAUCUCCCCUUGUUACUUCAUGCUGUCUUCUUAGGUUUGGACCAUUACCGGCCUGAAGUCUUUGAACACAGCAAAAAGUUGCUUCUUCACCUCCUGAUUGCCCUGUCUUGCAAUAGCAGCUUUCAUGCCAUUGCCUCCGUACUCUUGCAGACCCGGGAAAUGAGUGAAGCUAAGACGCUAACUGUCCAGCCCGCUUAUCAACCAGAAUAUCUGUAUACAGGUGGCUUUGACUUCUUGAGAGAGGACCAGUCCUCCCCAGUGCCAGACUCGGGGCUGAGCUCCAGUUCCACCUCCUCCAGUAUCAGCCUGGGAGGCAGCAGUGGGAACCUCCCGCAGAUGACCCAGGAGGUAGAAGAUGUGGACACAGCCGCUGAGACAGAUGAGAAGGCCAACAAGCUCAUUGAGUUUCUAACAACCAGGGCAUUUGGUCCACUUUGGUGCCAUGAAGACAUCACACCCAAAAAUCAAAAUUCGAAGAGUGCUGAACAACUGACUAAUUUUCUCCGUCAUGUUGUAUCUGUAUUUAAAGAUUCCAAGUCAGGUGACUUUGAUGCCCCAGUUUGCAGCUCAGACACUGACCUUUCCUGUGUGGCUAUUAUGGCCCCAGGUUUCCAUCUGGAACAACAUUUGAGUGAAGUUGCACUGCAGACAGCCCUUGCAAGCUCUUCAAGGCACUAUGCAGGUCGGUCCUUCCAGAUAUUCCGGGCUCUCAAGCAACCGCUAUCAGCACAUGCCUUGUCUGACCUCCUGUCAAGAUUGGUAGAGGUUAUUGGAGAACAUGGAGAUGAGAUUCAGGGUUAUGUAAUGGAAGCACUUCUGACCUUGGAAGCUGCUGUGGACAACUUGUCUGACUGCCUGAAGAACAGUGAUCUCUUAACUGUAUUAUCUCGCUCUUCAUCACCAGAUUUAAGCUCUAGUACUAAAUUAACAGCAAGCAGAAAAAGCACAGGGCAACUCAAUGUGAACCCUGGAGCUACCAGUGGCAAUACCACCACAGCAGAGCGGAGUCGCCAUCAAAGAAGCUUUUCUGUGCCGAAGAAGUUUGGUGUUGUUGACCGAUCUUCUGAUCCGCCUCGAAGUGCUACCUUGGACAGAAUUCAGGCUUGUACCCAGCAAGGCCUCUCCUCCAAAACCAGAAGUUCCUCCUCCUUGAAGGACAGUCUCACAGAUCCAUCCCACAUAAACCAUCCAACCAAUCUAUUAGCCACCAUCUUCUGGGUCACAGUGGCCUUGAUGGAGUCUGACUUUGAGUUUGAGUACUUAAUGGCCUUAAGGCUGUUGAGUCGACUGCUGGCACAUAUGCCACUGGAUAAAGCUGAGAACCGAGAGAAACUUGAGAAACUCCAGGCACAGCUCAAGUGGGCUGACUUCUCUGGGUUGCAGCAGCUGCUGCUGAAGGGAUUCACAUCCCUCACCACCACUGACCUUACCCUGCAGCUUUUCAGCUUGCUGACACCAGUGUCCAAAGUAUCCAUGGUGGAUUCAUCCCAAGCUAUUGGAUUUCCACUGAAUGUCUUGUGUCUCCUGCCCCAGCUGAUCCAGCAUUUUGAAAACCCAAAUCAGUUCUGUAAGGAUGUAGCUGAAAGGAUUGCUCAGGUUUGUUUGGAAGAGAAAAACCCUAAACUUUCAAAUCUUGCGCAUGUUAUGACACUUUAUAAAACACACAGCUACACGAGGGACUGUGCUACAUGGGUCAAUGUGGUGUGCCGAUACCUUCAUGAAGCCUAUGCUGAUAUUACCUUGAACAUGGUUACUUACCUGGCAGAGUUGCUGGAGAAAGGUCUCCCCAGUAUGCAGCAGCCCCUCUUGCAAGUGAUCUACAGUCUACUCAGCUACAUGGACCUUUCUGUUGUUCCUGUCAAGCAAUUUAAUACGGAAGUUCUGAAGACCAUUGAAAAAUACGUGCAAAGUGUUCACUGGAGAGAAGCUUUGAAUAUCCUGAAGCUGGUUGUUUCUCGGUCAGCAAGCCUUGCGUUGCCUUCCUACCAGCACAGCGACCUCUCCAAGAUAGAAAUACAUCGAGUAUGGACCAGUGCUUCUAAGGAAUUGCCUGGGAAAACCCUGGACUUCCACUUUGACAUUUCAGAGACACCAAUCAUCGGGAGGCGAUAUGACGAUUUACAGAAUUCUGUUGGACAUGACGGGAAGCCCAGGGCCAUGGCCGUCACCCGGAGCGUGUCUUCCACUUCAUCAGGCUCCAACUCCAAUGUUCUUGUUCCUGUGAGCUGGAAAAGACCCCAGUAUUCUCAGAAGAGAACAAAAGAGAAGUUGGUGCAUGUCCUUUCUCUGUGUGGCCAAGAAGUAGGAUUAAGCAAAAACCCAUCUGUGAUUUUUUCCUCGUGUGGGGACCUGGAUCUACUGGAGCAUCAGACGAGCUUGGUGUCUUCCGAGGACGGCGCCCGGGAGCAGGAGAACAUGGAUGACACAAACAGUGAGCAGCAGUUCAGAGUCUUUAGAGACUUCGAUUUUCUAGACGUGGAGCUGGAGGAUGGCGAGGAACUUCAGGGUGAGAGUAUGGACAAUUUCAACUGGGGAGUCCGCAGGCGCUCACUGGACAGCCUGGACAAGUGUGACAUGCAGAUCCUGGAGGAGUGCCAGCUCUCAGGAAGUCCUCCCAGCCUAAAUAAAAUGAACCAUGAGGAUUCUGAUGAAUCAUCUGAGGAGGAGGACCUCCCACCCAGCCAGAUCUUGGAGCACUCUGACCUUAUCAUGACCCUCUCCCCUUCUGAGGAGGCCAAUCCCAUGGAAUUGCUCACUACAGUCUGUGACUCGACCCCCGCUGACCCUCAUUCCUUUAACACCAGAAUGGCCAGCUUUGACACUUCACUGCCUGAUGUGAAUAAUCUGCAGAUUUCUGAGGGUUCAAAGGCUGAUGCUGUCCAGGAGGAGGAAGAUACUACUGUGCAUGAGGAUGACCUUUCAAGUUCCAUCAAUGAGCUCCCAGCAGCUUUUGAAUGCAGUGACAGCUUCAGUCUAGAUACAACUGAAGCAGAGGAAAAAGGCAAUCAAGGCCUGGACCAGUUUACCCUUGCAAGCUUUGGAGAAGGUGACAGGGGAGUCUCUCCCCCUCCCUCGCCCUUCUUCUCCGCCAUCCUUGCUGCCUUUCAGCCCACAGCCUGUGACGAUGCCGAGGAGGCCUGGCGCAGCCACAUCAACCAGCUCAUGUGUGACUCAGACGGCUCAUGUGCGGUGUACACGUUUCAUGUGUUCUCCUCUCUGUUUAAGAAUAUUCAGAAGAGAUUCUGCUUCCUGACCUGUGAUGCAGCCAGUUACCUUGGAGAUAACCUCCGGGGAAUUGGAUCCAAAUUUGUCAGCUCUUCCCAGAUGCUCACCUCCUGCUCUGAAUGUCCGACACUAUUUGUAGAUGCAGAGACUCUCCUUUCUUGUGGACUUCUAGACAAGCUCAAGUUCAGUGUUUUAGAACUGCAAGAAUAUUUGGACACCUACAACAACAGAAAAGAGGCCACUCUCUCAUGGCUUGCAAAUUGUAAGGCAACAUUUGCAGGAGGAUCAAGAGAUGGAGUAAUUACCUGUCAACCAGGGGACUCAGAAGAAAAGCAAAUGGAAUCUCUUGCACAACUAGAACUGUGUCAGAGAUUGUAUAAACUACACUUCCAGCUGCUGUUGCUUUUUCAGUCCUACUGUAAGCUUAUCGGCCAGGUGCACGAAGUGAGCUCCAUGCCAGAGCUGCUGAAUAUGUCCAGGGAACUGAGUGACCUGAAGAGAAACCUGAAGGAGGCCACUGCAGCCAUUGCCACGGACCCUCUUUAUAUAGAGGGUGCAUGGUCCAAGCCCACCUUCACAUCCACCGAGGCAGCCAUCCAGUCCAUGCUGGAGUGCCUGAAGAAUAACGAGCUUGGAAAAGCCUUGCGGCAAAUCAGAGAAUGCAGAAGUCUGUGGCCCAAUGACAUCUUUGGAAGCAGUUCUGAUGAUGAGGUCCAGACACUACUGAAUAUUUAUUUCCGUCACCAAACGCUGGGACAGACAGGUACUUACGCACUGGUGGGAUCUAACCAGAGUCUGACCGAAAUCUGCACCAAGUUGAUGGAGCUAAACAUGGAAAUCCGGGACAUGAUCCGCAGGGCGCAGAGUUACCGAGUCCUCACCGCUUUCCUCCCAGACUCUAGUGUUUCUGGCACUAGUCUCUGACAAGAGCCUCCCAUCCCCCCUGGUUUCCAAGCUGGGGGUGCUGCCAUGCUGGGGCAGUGUCAUUCAGUGUCUUCUCAGCCUUCAGAAGGCUUGGACAGACUGUUCUCCCUCUUGUUACCUGCAGGACUUUUUCUAAAGAGGAUGACAGAACUUGCAACGUAUAGCAAUACUUUAAGAACCAAGGUAGCAAAGGACAUCCUAAGACAGACUCCACCCAUCCUGCUGUGUGGCACAAAGGUGUUAGCCCUUUCCUGAGCAAAUGCAACUCACUACUGAAGAAGUGACUUCCAUUGCAUACCAAAGCCGACGACACUGAACAACACCUUCCUUUCAAGAAACAGUUUUAGAUUAGCAAAAGUGCAAUGUUUUCUUUACUUCAGAAAAUUUUAUAUUGUACAACUUGUACAUUUGUUCCCUUUCUUUUUCCUUUUUCCCUCUUUGUUCUGUUUUGUUUUGUUUUUGGUGAGAUGAGAAAGGGGCAGGCAGAAUGAAGCUGGCCACUGAAAAACUGUAAGACAGUUAAAAGCAGACAGCCUGUGUGUUGGAAAUGGGAAUCAUAAAUGGACUACAAUUUAACGCACACUGUUAUCUGAAUACGAUUACUGUACGUCAAAAGAGCUGCUAUGAGGUACCUUUCUUAUGUUGCUAGGCUACUGUUUCUGAAGGCCCUGGAUCUCUUUGCCCCAAAAUUGAUCCAGAUAGACUCUCUUUAAGGAUCUUGGCUGCUUUUUACUAGAAGGUUGCUUUUAUUAAUAUAUUUAUACUACAGAAGGAUAAGUGUUAAUUUUAAUUAACUUUGCCAUUUUAUAGAGAAAAGUUAUUCACAUGAAUUCCAAGUCUUUUCACCUCUCAAGCAUGCAUAACAUCCAUUUGGAUAGGCAGAAUAGAAUCAUAAAGAGAUGAGUUGUCACUUUGUUUCUUAAGAAUAAUGUUGUAUUUUAUUUGUAAUAUAUAUGUAAAGGGUCAUUCUUAAGUUUCCUCCUUAAACUUUAUGCUGUCAAAGUGUUAGAUGUGUGCAUGUGAAUCUGUUACACAUCAGAAACAUAUUCAAAGUUUAUGUAACUUAUUCAUGCUGUAAAUACAUUUAAAGUUUUGUGAUGUAAUCUUGAUUGAUACUCUGUUCAGAACUUUCUUUAGACAAAAAAAAUGCAAAGACAAAAUACAUGAUGACCAUGGAUUUUA